AUGGAGGCGCUGUACCCAAAUAGUCGCGGCUACGGCGGCGUCGGUGCCGGCGUGGCAGGAGAAACGAGGCCCAAAUUAAUAGAAGUUGAACCGAUCAGCAUCACUCCAAUUCUCUCGACGCACACACGACGCGAAACCCUGACGCUUCAGCUUCCUCGCCCAUCGGGCAUCAGCAUCGCCGUCGCGGCAGGCAUCGCCCCUGGCCGCUGCGUGCGUCCAUGCGUCCAAAGCAAGCAGCAUCGCGGCCGGCGCAGACUCGUGUCUCUACUCUCGUCCAAAGCAAGUAGGCAAGCAGCAUCGCGGCCUGCGGUGUCGGUGACAGGUGUGUUCCAUCUUGAUCGUUGCUUGCAUUUGCAAUUGGCUGCACCUGCAGAGGCACUCGCCAAGGCGGAAGGCCAGCCCAAGAAGACCGUGACGCCGGAGCAAGAGGAGGUUGAGCCGGAGAUCGUUGGACACGAUACUUCCGUUGGGAAUCAAGGUGAGGCACAGUCGGAGGCCGUCUUUGGGUACUUCUAUCCCGCGGACGGAGAUGCGGGUGAGGAGUAGAUGGCCGGUGGCUAUUGGAAGGGCACUAUCGGCAUAUAGUGUUAACCUUCUUAUUUAGUACUAUGUAUGGAAUGAGCGCGAUGUAGAACUUUACGCUGCAAAACUCUAAAACUUGAUGUUUUUGUACUUGAACCUCUUUUAUGUAAUCUAAACUUGGUGUACGGUUGUGCUUGUGUGAUGAUGUCGAUAUGUUGUGCUAGUGGAGUGUGUUUAUUCCGGGUAGUGCUCAUGACACAUUCC